AUGCCUAUUCGCGUCAAGUCCAAGAAAAUGCCAAAGUCCCGGGACAUGAGCCCCGUGUCCAUGCACUUUGACACGUUUGAGCUGCCCGACAUUGACACGGACGACACCUUCCGGGAGGUUGUCAAGAAGCUCUCCGUAUACUUCACCGAUGUCAUUGUGCUGCCGAGCACCUUUGAGCAGCUGCGCACCACCCAGGCCGGUGAGCCGUUGCGAGUCUUGGUCGAUCACUUGAAUGCCACCUGCACCAACCGGGCCAUCGUCAACGCCCUGCUCGCACUGAAAUGGCACUAUGCCGUCGACGAGGCCGAGUCCAAUAAAGGCCUCUGCGAAGCCCGCGCCAACGCCUGUGAGAUCGUCGCCUGGCGCUUCCUCACUCGCCUCUCGGAGCGCGAGGCCGUCGACUUCUGCCUCUACGAGAUCCCCGACCCCAAGGAGCCGGCCACCCUGCCGCCCAACGCGGAUCUCGAGAGCAAUGAAACCUCCCCCCUGCUCUCCGGCGGCAGCUGGUCCAACCGCAGCGGCAGCCGCCGCGCCUCCGUUCGCCCGGGAAGCAGCGCCAAGCGCUACCAGCUCUUGUCCUCUCUGUCCAGGCUGACCAUGAGCAUGCACGCCGACCAGGACGAGGAGGAGGACGAGGACGACCCGACCUCGCCCUUUACCAAGCUCAACGCCCUCGAGAUCGCCGCCGUCGCUGACGCCAAGCGCUUCCUGAGCCAGCACGUCGUGCAGAAGAUUGUCACGGGCAUCUGGAACGGCGACAUCAUCUUCUGGGACAGCCUGUCGGUCCACGCCGAGAAGAAGCCCCGCUUCUACAAUGCCCACACGACCGAUAUCUUUUCCCGCCUGCGCGUGCCCAAGUACCUCAAGUUCUGGGAGGCGUUCUUCUUCUUCAUCUUCCUGUGCCUGUACUACUCCGUGCUCGUCACGCAGAACACCGAACGCAUCACACACAACGAAAUCGUCCUGUACAUCUGGCUCGCUGCUUUCCUCUACGAUGAGCUUAGCGAGUGGGCCGAUGCCGGAACCAUCUUUUAUGCCACGGAUAUUUGGAACCUGUUUGAUAUGAUCAUGAUAGGCAUCGGUAUCACCUUUGCCGUUUUGAGGGUUAUCGGUAUCGCGAACCACGACAUGAAGAUGACCGACACCGCCUUCAACGUCUUUGCUCUGGAGGCCCUCUUCAUGGUACCCCGCGUAUUUUCCCUCCUCAGCUUGUCGCCGUACUGGGGAACCCUCAUCCCCUGCCUCAAAGAAAUGAGCAAGGAUUUUAUCAAAUUCAUGGUCCUCGUCGUCAUCAUCUACCUCGGCUUCCUCACCACCUUCUCCCUCAUCGGCCAAGACGCCUACACCUUCGCCCACAUGACCAUGAUCCUCACAAAGAUCUUCUUCGGCUCCUCCUACGUCGGCAUCGAAAUCAUGGACGACAUCGAUAAGGUCUUUGGCCCCCCGCUCAUGAUCAUGUUCAUCAUCCUCUCCUCCUUCCUCCUCAUGGGUUCUCUCACGGGUAUGCUCUCCAACUCCUUCUCCCGCGUAAUCACCCACGCCCGCGAGGAGUACCUCUACGUCUACAGCGUCUACGUCCUCGAGGCCUCGACCUCCAACCGCCUCACCCACUUCUACCCGCCCUUCAACCUCAUCGCCCUCGUCAUCUUCCGCCCCCUCCGCCUCUUCCUCCCCUCAGACGACAAGUUCCGCCACAGCCGCAUCCUCCUCCUCAAGGCAACCCACCUCCCCAUCGUCGGCAUGAUCCAGCUCUACGAAAGCAUCCGCAGCCGCGUCCACUCGGACGAGUACGCAGGCUUCAAGGGACCCCGAGGCCUCACCGGCGCAACCAAGCAGCGCUCCCUCGGCGUCUUCCAGGCGAACCGCCCUUCGUCGGGGUACCGCGCCGGAAGGUCCCCGCGCCCCGCGGAGCGCAACCAUUAUUCCUCGCACCACUCGUCGCGCCCGCAGACCCGCGCCGCCGAGGCCGCCGACGAUAUGGACGCGCCUUCCGUGGUCGAGGUGCGCAUCUCGGAGCUCACUGACAAGAUUGAUAAGCUCACUACGCUCGUCGAGGCUCUGCAGUCGCAGACGCAGCCUGGUACUUCCCCCUCCACCUCCUCUUGA